UGUUGAUGGGAACAAAUGUGGCAAAAAAGUCAGCCGUGAAGGCUGUUCGCGAGGCUCGAUCCCUUGGCGCUGUGACAGCUGUCAGUAGGAACGCUAAUCGAGGAGCAGAGGAAAAGAACCUAGGGAUCGAGAUCCUAGUCGCAAGGUGUAUCAUGGCCGAACAACCACUCCUCAACGACAUCGAAACCUGGUUUGUUCCUAUGAGCAAGCGAGCUAAUGCAGGUAAGAGGUGUCUUACUGAUUUGGAAGCGAAAGCAAGAUCUGGCAUCAGAUCAGCGAGCGCGCGAGUCGCCACCUGCACCUCGUCCUAG